AGCGAAUAAAUGCACAGGGACAAGGGCAGACCAGCGGCAGAAAAUUGAGAAUUCUCGUUCACACAAACAUAUACUGAAGGGAAGAAGAAGAUGAAGUGGAGGGGUGGUCGAAGUGUUCCAGUUCUCAACUACAACAGAUUCUAUCACCAGCGCCGAUUUCACUUCACUACAUUACUCCGCAAGGGGCAACGCGCUCAGCCGCGAGCCUCCGCCGCCGGUAGCAAUGGCAGCAGCUCGCAGGGUAAUUCAUUCUUGGUGCCUGGUGCAACUGUGGCAACCAUACUUAUGCUUGGUGCUCUUCAUGCCCGUCGUCUAUAUGAUGAUAAGAAGAUUGAAGAGGCCAGGACAAAAGGUGUUGAAUUUGAGUUCCACCCAGAUGUCAAGGCUAGAUUCUUGAGAUUGCUACCGUUGCGCUCUAUUUCAAGAUUUUGGGGUUCCAUGACUGGUAUGGAACUCCCCGUUUGGUUGCGACCUCAUGUAUAUAAAGCAUGGGCUCGAGCAUUCCACUCUAACUUAGAAGAAGCCCAACUACCUUUGGAAGAAUAUGCAUCUCUACGGGACUUUUUUGUUCGCAGGUUGAAAGAAGGCUUGAGGCCUAUCGAAUCUGACUCUUGUUGUCUGGUCAGUCCUGUAGAUGGCACUGUUAUGAGAUUUGGCGAGCUAAGAGGACCAGGGGCUAUGAUUGAGCAAGUAAAGGGAUGUUCUUAUUCUGCAUCUUCCCUUCUGGGUGCAAACUCGUUUCUUCCUAUGAUUGCUGCAGGAGAAGCUAAUGAAGAAAGAGGUGGGGAAGAGAACACUGUGACAGAUGCGACUCAGAAGUCAUGGUGGAGAAUUUCCUUCGCUUCGCCUAAAGUUAGAGAUACUGAAUCAUCCCGACCGUUGAAAGGUCUCUUUUAUUGCGUAAUUUACUUGAAGCCUGGAGACUACCAUCGGAUACACUCUCCAGUUGAUUGGAGUGUGCUUCUGCGUCGGCAUUUUACAGGUCAUCUUUUUCCAAUGAAUGAGCGUGCAACAAGAACUAUCAGAAAUCUGUAUGUUGAAAAUGAAAGGGUGGUGCUUGAAGGUCAAUGGCAAGAAGGCUAUAUGGCUAUGGCAGCAAUUGGUGCAACAAAUAUUGGUUCAAUUGAGCUUUUCAUUGAACCAACCCUGAGGACAAAUAAUCCUCAAAAGAAGCUGCUACAAUCGGAACCCCCAGAGGAACGGGUAUAUGAGCCUGAGGGCACAGGAGUGCUGCUUAAGAAGGGAGAUGAGAUAGCAGCUUUCAACAUGGGAUCAACAGUGGUGCUAGUCUUCCAAGCUCCAAUAUCAGAGUCAUCUGCACACCAAGGUAGCUCCUCUGAGUUCAGGUUUUGCAUCAAGAGGGGUGACAGAAUCCGUAUGGGAGAAGCACUAGGAAGGUGGAAGGACUCAUAGAAACGUAGCCCCGCCUACAUAUUUAACCAAUUUUCUUGACUGCAAACUGAUUCUCAUGGAGGCGAACGCUGGUAACCAUGUACCAGAAUUAUCAGUUUAACUUGAGUUAUUUGGUGGGAACUUGGAUGUUUCCUGAAGUAAUUGUUCCUGCAUUUGUGCUCUUGUUAGAACGAUCAGGUUGCAUGUAAAACGGUGUAUUGGUAUCAUAGAUUUGGACCGCCCGUUUCUCAAAUCUGGAUUUGAUCUUGGUCCAUGAAGGAAAGCAAAUUCUUGAACAGUAAAAUCCUUAAUUUUCUGACA